UUUUCUUACAUUGUUCGACUUUAGAAUGGUGGAGUGGUGGUUGACUCAAGUUAACAACAAUCCUUGUCUCAUCCGAAAAUCGCUGCCGCCUACCUCGUUGGAUUGUGAGUUCGCUUCUCCACUCUCCAGCCACUCAUACAAUACGCUGAGAACCAUGUUCACGUCUCUCUCUGUUCCUUACUCGCUUCCUUCUUCAUUGUCUUUCUCUUUAGUCGCCGUUAAAACUCCUCCGGUCGCCGCGCAUAUUGUUCCCCGCCGUGAUCUCGUCUCUCUGCGCAUCAGGGCUAGCAAGAACGGUUCUCCGGAUUACCGUUUUCACGAAAAGCUCAAAUCUUUCGCCAAAUCAGCAAUUAUAAUCGGAGCUGCUGUUUCCAUGACCGGAAAGCUCUCAACUUUACCGGCGAAAGCGGAAUCUCCGGUUACCACCACCGAGGAAGUGAAAGAAGAGAACUUUUCGUCUGAGAUCGAACCCACUUCGCCAUUAACGGAGCUUCUAGAAUCCACCCCAGAAGCUGUCAAAACGCUGAGAUCACUGCUUCAGCAGAAGCUAGAGAACGGAGAAGACGAAGAAGCUCUCAAGCUCUUAGAGAGACUCGUAACCGCACAGCCAGAGGAAACAGAGUGGAAGUUUUUAAUGGCGAGGCUAUUAGGUGAAAUGGGUCGUACCCAAAACGCACGCCAAGUGUUCGAGGAAAUUCUCCAACGAAACCCACUCUCGUUCGAGGCCUUGUUCGAGAACGCGUUGCUCAUGGACAGGUCCGGGGAAGGAGACGCGGUGCUGCAGAGGCUGGAGGAUGCGUUGGCUGUGGCUGAAGCUGAGAAUAUGGUGAAGGAGAUUAGGGACGUGAGGCUGAUCAUUGCGCAGAUACAGUUCUUGCAGAAGAAUGUGGAUGAGGCGUUGAGGAGCUACGAGCAGCUGACGAGAGAGGAUCCUAAGGAUUUCAGACCGUAUUUCUGUAGAGGUAUGAUUUAUAGUUUGCUUGAUAAGAACGUUGAAGCUAAGGAGCAGUUUGCGAAGUAUAGAGAGCUGUCUCCGAAGAAGUUUGAAGUUGAAGGGUAUUUGAGAACUCCAUUGUCUAAGAUGAAGCUCUUUGGUAGUGGUGAAGAUAAUUGAGUUUGAGUUAGAAUAAUAGCUCUUAUAUCUGGAGAAUAAGACACGGAAGACUAGAUAGUUUUCCUGAGAGAUUACGUUGGAGUUACUUAUAAAGCAAAAUGAUUUUUUUUUUUAUGUUCGAGUUAAAACUUAUGAAUUUGUGAUUUAUUUAUGAGUUGAUUACACAAUAAGACACUUUUUCUCUUU